CCACCCAGGCGCCCCGAUUGUAUCGGUUUAAAUCAUUCUCGCUGCUGUAACAAACGAACCAGAACAUGUAAAUGACUCACUCAUGGGGGCCAUGUGUUCAGUCCAAAUCUGGUUAGUGAUUCAACUCCAAGCGAGCGAUAGGAACCCCCAGGCUUCUUUAUCUCCCUGCUGUUUUCAAGGGGAAAGAGCUUGGAGGAUGGCAGGGAAGGUGCCCAUCCUCAGCACACGCCAUGUUUCCUGCCCACAAGGGAGCCCGUGGUCAGGCUGUGUACUGAGCACCAAGCCUGGUCCUGCGUGGACACGCAGUCAGAGGCCGCGAUCUGUCUCCUGGGCACUUAGGUAUGCCCCCGUGGGCAUCUUGUUCCUGGUGGCUGGCAAGAUCGUGGAGAUGGAGGACGUGGGGAUGCUGUUCGCCAGUCUCGGCAAAUACAUCCUGUGUUGUCUGCUGGGCCAUGCCAUCCAUGGGCUCCUGGUGCUGCCUCUCAUCUAUUUCCUCUUCACCCGCAAAAACCCCUACCGCUUCUUGUGGGGCAUCAUGACAGCGCUGGCCACUGCCUUCGGGACCUCUUCUAGCUCCGCUACGCUGCCCCUAAUGAUGAAGUGCGUGGAGGAGAGGAAUGGCGUCGCCAAGCACAUCAGCCGCUUCAUCCUACCCAUCGGUGCCACGGUCAACAUGGAUGGUGCGGCGCUCUUCCAGUGUGUGGCCGCGGUGUUCAUUGCACAGCUCAACCAGCGAUCCCUGGACUUUGUGAAGAUCAUCACCAUCCUGGUCACCGCCACGGCGUCCAGUGUGGGUGCCGCGGGCAUUCCCGCUGGAGGCGUCCUCACCCUGGCCAUCAUCCUGGAGGCAGUCAACCUGCCGGUUCGGGACAUCUCCUUGAUCCUGGCUGUGGACUGGCUGGUGGACCGGUCCUGUACCGUUCUCAACGUGGAAGGUGAUGCCUUUGGGGCGGGACUCCUCCAAAAUUACGUGGAUCGCUCAGAGUUGCAGAGCUCGGUGCCAGAGUUGAUCCAAGUGAAGAGCGAGAUGCCCCUGUCUCCCCUGCCCGUCCCUACCGAGGAGGGGAACCCCCUCCUCGAACGCUGUCCCGGACCUGCGGGGGAUGCGGGCCGCUGCGAGAAGGAAUCAGUUAUGUAAACCCCAUAGGGACGUUCCCUGCCCUGAUGGGGCCACUGUGGACAUUGGGAUCAUGAACUGGGGCUCUGGAGGCCCUGCCUGCACACUCGGGGGACCCAGGGGCCUCAGCUGAUGCCCCGCCCCACGACAUCAGAUCUGGGAGACCUCAAUGCUGGGGUAGGUGUGUAUGUGUGUGUCUCUCCCCAGAUCUCCCCCAGUCUCAAUUCCUGUUCCCACCCAAAGCUAGGAAACAAGAUGGAGAAAUAGUGUAAAUGUGGGCUUCUGCCCUCUGCGAGGAAGGAUGUUCCAAUGGGUUUGCCGGCUAUUUUGGUGGCUGUAACUGUGUGUGUGUAUGUGUGUGUGUGUAUGUGUGUUGUGACUCUACGGUACAUCCCAUCCUGUCCCCAGGCCCUCUGUUCCCUCCACAGUAACAAACACUCCAGGGGAUCCUGCCGGGGUGGGGGACACCAAGGACAAAGACUGCUGUCACUCCAAAGGACCUUUUUGAGCAAUAAAGUUGUGAAGCGUAUCUCA